UCACCUGGUUUUCAUAUCGUCAGAUGCUCUUACAUCUCUGAUCAAUCUUACCUCUUCCUGUACCCUGUCCUGUCAGGAUGCCACUGAAGCUGAAGGCAGAAAUACAUUUAAUGUUUUCUUCAGGAGGAAAAGAAAAGAUAUAAACACAUCACAUGUUGGCGUUUUGAUCCCCUCCUGCCUGCAUCACGUGUCCUUGAGCCUCCACCAUGGACUCACCGUGCUUUGUGAAGUGCUUUGUACUGGACUCAGAGAGAGCUGUCCGUGGUACUGAAAGCAGAAAAACACAUCCAGGCUCCUGUUAUGGUGCAGCUGCAAAGGGAACGCAGGCGAGACACACGAGACGACAAAAACAUAAAACGGGAACUUGGAAGAGAAAGAGACUGGAGUGUGAGUUCUUAUGAGGAUGAGUUAAAAGUACACAGUGACAGAAAUAGGAGUGCAGGAAAAGGAAGGAGGGAGAGAGAGAGGGAGAGCAGGAUGACGCUCUAGUAGAAGGUGGCUACAGUCGGCAGUGGGCGUGUUCUUCUUGUUGUGAUCUAUAGCUGGGAAGCCUGCUGUCAUCUGCUUAAGCACAGACCAACUGUACAGAUCUGUGUGGAUGAGCAGGAUGGAGGGAGCCAGCAGGGAACGGCCAUGACUGGAAACGCACACAACCCCGCUUUACCUCGGUCUUAACCUUCAGGGCACUGUGGAUGAGGACAUUUUCUGCACUCUGACUGAAAAGCAGAAAGAGAGACACUCCGGGAACGAAGCAUUAGAAAGACUGUGAUCGCCUGGUCUGCAACUGCACAGGGGAGUUUGAUGUGAGAGCGUGUUCAUAGCGUGUAUUUGUGUCAUGCUUGCGAUUGCGGGUGCGGUCUGUUGCUGCGCUGCGUGUUCCUUCCAUCUCUAGCAUGUGCAAAUGUGUGGAGCAGUGAAGAAACUGGCACCUGGCUCUGAGUUUUGCACCGACUGGACUGGAGGGGUCGCAUCUCCCUUUUGUGCCCAGGGGAGGGAGCAUUGGGCUGGGCACCCAAUGGCCUACCUCCCCUCUAGCACCAGCCUUAUUAUCCUUGGUCACAGGGACUCCUUCUAGCAAGUCACUCAGUUUGGAGCAUACAUACAAUGGAUGGAAGUCUAUGUGGAUUUAAGUGGAAUAGUGCACUGGUGCUCCAGCAUAGGUCAGAGUUCACUAGCGUGCACUGGACUCAUCAGGGGAAGACAGAAGACACGUUGGUGCACAAACCAGCAGGGACACAGCCCCAUUAAUGCUGUGGAAACACUUGAAAAAUGAUGAGCUCCAAAGAGGAGGAAACUCUCCGUUUUUUCCAGUAUGUUGAGGAGAAUGGGCUGAGAGCCUACAACGGCCUGGUAGCUCAGAACUUGGACCACGCCAGGAAUGAGAGAAAUAGGACAUAUCUGCAGGAGAAAAACGACAAGAAGAGAAAACAGGAGGAAGCCAUAAGGAGAACCGGCGAGGAUAUAACAACCGAAGGCAAGCACUUGCGAAUGGGCUCCAUUACCAUGCCGGACCCCCAGGAACGCAUGCCAAUGCCCCAUCCGCAUGCCCUCGCCUGUGGACAGGGCUUCUCCGUACGCUCCCAGUCACUUCACUCUGUCGGCGGCGGGAACACCGGGGGCGGAGGAGGAGGGGAUGAGGAGGUGGGAAGCCCAACCUCUAGGAAACAGCCCCCACCUAAGCCCAGGAGGGACCCGGCCACCAAGCUAAGCAUGUCGUCUGAGGCGGUGGACCACAGUCCUGUGUCCACCUGCCGGGGGGAGAGAUGUGACGCUCAAGGAUGCAGUGAGGACUGCAGGAGGGUGCCACCACCCAAACCCAAGAGGAACCCCAACACACAACUGAGUGUUUCCUUCGACGAGUCCUACAUCAAGAGCCACGGAGGCAGCGGGAUGUGCCCCUCCAGACCUCUCCACCACGUGUCCUCCCCCUGCGAACACAACCCCUCACCUCCACAGAGCGACGAGAGCCCUACAGACGACUGUGAAGAUGAACCCGUCUACAUAGAGAUGGGCGGGAUCGACGUCGGAGCUCGAGAACCCCUGAAGAGUGAAGACGAGGAGCCAGGAGAAUCUGUGUACGAGGAGAUGAAGUACCCGGCUCUGGAUGAUAUGGAGUACCGCACUGACCCGGUGGGAUGUCGUUCUGCAUGCCCAACCCCGGCACCCUACGACCCUGAACCUCUCAGUCGCUGCUCCACCCCUCGAAACAUUCCCCUCUGUGACAUUCCUGCACCCUUUCCCAAUUUACUCACCCAUCGGCCUCCGCUGCUGGUGUUCCCGCCGGCACCGGCCCAGUGCUCGCCCAACUCGGACGAGUCUCCUCUCACCCCACUAGAUGUAACCAAAUUACCCAUGUUGGAGAACCAGUCCUACAGCAAAUCCCCCACUUCCUCCAACGAGCCACCUUCCUCUGCACACAUCCGCAGGGAGCUCACUGCCACCCCAACCCUCACCGUGUCUGGCCGCUCAUCUGCGCCUCCCCUACCCUGUACCCUCUACAAAUCCUCCUCCUCAUCCUCGUAUCAGCGAAGCCACUCUGCUUGCCCAUCACCAGUCAGCAUGGGCCGCUGUCUCACCCCUCUCAGCCUCAUGCGUACACCUCCCUUUGAUGCGCCGAUGCCAUUUCCCGGAGGUCUUCCCCGUAGCGCCUCCGCCACACCUCACGGCAAAGGCUCGCCACCUCAAGACGGUAUAGGUCGACUCCAUGGCUCUAUGCAGAACGUGUCAACAGGGCGUUCAAGGACACCCACCAGCCCACUAGAUGAACUGACCAACCUGUUCACCACCGGCAGGAACAUGCUGAAGAAAAACUCCAGUGGCAGGAAGUCUAAGGAGCCUGGAGAGACUGAGUCCAAAAGCAAGUCUCACAGCGAGUCCAAGCGUGAAGGCAAGGAGCGCCACAGUCACAGCAAGGAGUCCAAGCGAGAGUCCAAGGAUCGCCACAGCAAAGAGUCUUCUCACCGUAGAGACAGAGACAAAGACAGAGACAAAGAGAGAGACAAAGACAAAGGGAGCAGCAAUGUGGACCAACUGGCCCACAGACGCAACAGUAAAGAUCGCACUUGUAGUGGUGCAGAUGCACCACCUGUCCGCAGGGACAGCAGGGACCAGGGCUGCAGCAGCACAGAUCCUGUCCCAGUAAUUAGGAGAGACUCCAAGGACAGAGGGAUUAGCAAUGGCGACCUGAUGCCAAGGAGAGACAGCAAAGAUCGGGGACAUGGAAUGGAGUCUUUGUUGAGACAGGACAGCAAAGACAGAGAGAGACUGCUAGAUCAGCAGCCUGAGCUGUUACCAAGACAAGACAGCAAGGAAAGGGCAAGAAAUGGUGUAGACUGUAGACAUGACAGCAGAGAGAGACUGCUGGAUCAGCCACCUGAGCUCUUACCACGACAUGAUAGCAAAGAGCGAGCCAGGAAUGGUUCAGACUCAAAGCAUGAAAGCAGAGACAGGCCACCUGAACUUUUACCACGGCAAGAUAGCAAAGAUAGAGCUCGACCUGGAGCAGAAUAUAGGCAUGAGAGCAAGGACCACCGUCCGGAUUUGUUACCCCGACAGGACAGCAAAGAGAGAAUAAGGAAUGACAUGGAGCAUAGGCAUGAAGGUAGAAUAGACCAGCCACCUGAGAUACUACCCCGACAGGAAACAUCGAGAAGCAGCAACAGCAAGGACAGGGUCGGCUACAGCUCUGAAUCCAAGCAUGAGGGGAGAGAUCGGAGCUCCCACAAUGGAGGAGAUCUCCCUCUUCCUCCCCUACCCAGGCAGGAUAGUAAAGAUCUGAGCAGAACUGGACUUGAAGUGAGACGGGACAGCAAGGACAGAAGUCUGAAUGGCUCAGAGCAGCAUCAUUAUGAUGUCAAGAGCACAAAGAGCCCAUCCGCAAUGGAGUAUAGGAGUGAUAAUAAAGAACGGGGAUACCGGUCAGAUGGCACGCCCCGACGAGAUAACAGAGCGAAUUACAGCGUGGACCAAUCAAAAGCACAAGAGAGGAACGGCAGCACAGUGUCAGGGCAGCAUUCAACCACAACAACACCUACUCAUCACGGGAGACCUUCUGGUAGCCCACCGAUGACCACAGGAACAGGAAAUGAUCUGAAAGCAGCACCCAAGUAUGGCCGCUCACCUUCUAUGCCUGCUAACCCCUCCCCACUGGGCACUCCACAAAGGAGAGCAGCAGAGGCACAACACAGUCAGAUGCCCCAGAUGCCAUGGAUCUGCGGAGACACCACCAUGCUAGAACAGAUUGAAAGGAAACGCACCCUCUGCAUGGAGAUCCGCUCCAGACAACAUCCGCACCUGCAGAGAUCUCUGGAGAGGCCUCCUCCUCCUCCUGCCGACAGGAAUGAGGAAAGGCACCAGGAGCGGAGUCAGUGCAGGGGCACCAAAAAGAUCCGUCCUCCCCCGUACCCCACACAGACAACUGUGUUCUGGGACACGGCCAUCUGACAUUUACAAACACACUUACACCUCCCGCCACACAACCCCCGUAAUUACCCACUCCCUUUCUCCUCAGGGUUGUGCUGAUUUUUCCCUGCAACAUCAGGGGUGUCAGGACAGCCAAUAAGAGCACCGGGGGGGAUGAUACUCGCUGAUGUCAAAGGACAAUGGUGGUUACCAUAGCAAUAUUUCUGCUCGUUCAGGUUGUCAUGUUUUCUUAUCAUCACCUGUGAUAUUUGAUAUUUUUCUAUUUCCUGUGAUUGGAUUCUUGUAAUAUAAUUAGUAGAAUAGAUAUUUGAUGAAUAGAUAUUUUCUAAAUGAGAUGGGGAUUAAAAAGCAGCUUAAAUGAUGUAUAGUAGAUGUAGAUGCAAUCUAAUGUUUGUUUUUAUGUUAUUUUUGUUUCGGUUCUUUUAAAUUUGAAAGCAUAACCUAUCAAUACUUGUACUGUAGUAGCAUAAUUUUCUUAUGCCCAACUCUUCUUUUUUUGUGCUCAUCAGCACUAAAGUGAAUGGACUCCUCAAUUCUGUCUAUAUAUACUUUACAUUUUCACUGUCGUAUUGUAAAUUCAGGAGUUAACGUCAACGUGCUUUAGAUUCCGGCGCCCUCCAUGCCUGGUCCAGUAUGUUCUAGAAUGAACAACAGCUGGUCCUAGAAGAGAAACAGGAGCGUGCUUCAGUUUGUAUAUUACAGUAAGAAGCUGUGUAGUCACUACAUCAAAAGCCUUUUCAAAGCGGUUUAAUCGUUUUAUAGGUAAAACCUGUUGGCUGGCAUGUUAUCGAGGAACGGAGAAAGUGUGAAAUGUUUCUGCUGUAUUCUAAGAUACACUAUGAGGGUGGGUUGGGGAGGUAGUAAAUUAGAACAUACAUUAUUAAACAGUAUAAUUUCCAAAACCAGCCAAAGCUUGUGAAAGUGAGAUAUGGGUGUGGUUGCACUUUGGACAGUUGGUUAUUUGAAAGAAACGGGGUUGGUGGCAAUAGCUGGCGAGUACCGGCACUCUUACUUUGCCAUGCACACUGCAAGCACCACAACACAGUGUAAAUACUUGAUGCCAACGACCAGCCCGUACAAUCAACACCUGAGCUUUUAGAGCAUUUCUUGAUUUUACUGCAGAUUAUAAUAGCCAUAUGCACUUGCUUAAGAAAUAACUUUCAAGAUUAUGCUUAUAUAUAUAUUUUUGAAAAUAUUAAAGGUAGCUGUGCCAUGCAAGUUUUAAUUUAUUAGCGGGGAGGUAAAGCCUCAGGAGGCUGGCAGCGUGUGACACGCAGUCAUCUGUGAUUGGUUGUCCCGGACUACACUCCCAAUUCAAUUGGCUGGCAACCAUUUUUAGAGAUCAAAUUGUUUAAGGACCUAUAUCAUGGCGACAGCUCUACCGGGGUUGCACAAGAGCUGACUAAUCUUUGAGGCUUUGUAAAAACAGAAAAACUGCACUACCCAUCAUAAUCCAUUACAUUUAAUCAGGCUGAUUUACAUACAUGUCCCUCUCCCCCUGCUCUCUCCCUCUACCUCAACCUCCUACGUACAUCAUCUAAAUUGGUUCUCUUUAGCACAUCAAAUGCAAUGUUGACAUUGCCAAAAUAGUAUGGGUUUGACUAAUGAGCUAGCCCUUGGAGCGGAGUGCGAGUGCAGUACCCCCUCUCUGGUGAGAAUCAACGCUACAGAGGUCCCUCUGUGUUGUACCUGUGUGUGUGUGUGCGUGUGUGUGUGUGUGUGUGUGUGUGUGUGUGUGUGUGAGGGAGAGAGCUGUGCGUGUUUGUGUGUAUGUGUGUGCCAAGCUACACUGUAUGCAAGUUGAAUCUUUAAAAAUGAUUGUUUUAAGACAUUCACUUUGCCCCGUCCACGAUGUUGGUGAGGGGGCGGAGGUUGGAAAUGUAAUAAUGAUUAUGUACAAUCUUUUUGUGUGUAUAAACGUGCACUGUGAAAAGGUAGAGAGAGCACCGCACUGUCAGAGUCCUCUGUCUUAUUGCACUGAGUGUUCUCUUGUUUUGCGUAAUAAAAAAAGAAAAGGAAAAAAGAUGUUUGAGGAAAAAAAGUACUGUAUUCUGAUUGUCACUUGGGUUCUGUUGAGAGAAAUAAAUAAAUAUGAACUUGAAACCCGC